AAUUAGGCUAAAGGUCAAAGUUGAAACCGAAACUGUUUUGCGUUCUUGAAGCUUUUGUUUCUCCGCAACCUUUGCUCAUUAUGAACGUAACACACGACGACUACCCCAAGGCAGUUCUCCAUGGCCUGAACAAACUGAGGGAACAUGCAGAGCUGACUGACGUGGUUCUGGAGGUGGGAGGGGCAAGUUUCCCCUGCCAUCGUGCCGUCCUGGCCUCCUGCAGUCCCUACUUCCGCGGCAUGUUCACCAGUGGCUACGCGGAGGCCAAACAGGAGAGGAUUAGCAUCCAGGAUGUCAGUGAGGUAGCCAUGGCAACCAUCCUGGACUACGCUUACACCGGCUGCCUACAGAUGGAGCCAGACCAGGUCCAGGCUGUGAUGUCUGCAGCCAGACUGCUACAGGUAGAUUUUGUAUGCUGUAAGGCAGCAGAAUACAUGAAGGACCAUCUGGACGUGUUCAACUGUGCAGAUGUGUUGAUGUAUGCUGACAUGCUGGGGGACUGUGAUCUGGUGAAGGCCAGUGAGAGGUACAUCGCAUCCAGGUUCAACCAGGCAGCGCUACAACCCGCUUUUCUCCAGCUGCCUCUGCCACUUCUCCAAUCAUUGCUCAAAAGAGAUGAUCUAAUAACUCUGUCAGAAGACAAUGUUGUCCAAGCUGCUCUAAGAUGGAUGAAUGUCAAUCAAGAAGAGCGCUUGCAGCACCUUCCCACUCUGUGCAGAUCAUUUCGCCGUUCCUUUGUCAGCUCAAAACAGCUUGCCGAAAUUAAAAGUAAGUGCCUGGCAACAGACAUCAAGUUGGUUUACAGUGAAAGCUCUGACCAGCGGCUGGGAUACGAGCGAACUGAAAUGCAAAUAUUUCUACAAGAUGAAUCUUUGCGUACGUCCCACCCGCCUGCACCUUGCUAUGACCCUUCCACUGGUAAAUUGUAUGAACUUCAUAUGCCUGGCAACUUGAACAGCCACUACUCUGUGAUAUUCACACCUGAUGAGGAGCUGUACCUGGCAGGGGGCAUUGAUUUGACUGAUGACGUCGUCAUGCAGAAGAAAUUUUACCAGUACAACCACCUGUUAAACACCUGGGAGCCACGGUGUGAAAUGAUUUCACCCAGAGUCUGCUGUGGCCUUGUAUAUCUGAAGGGGUACAUCUAUGCCAUCGGUGGAGAUAAGAAUAAGGAAACAGCAGAGCGGUACGACCCAAGCUGUGAUGAGUGGACGUCUAUACCAUCCAUCCCUCACCCCAUACCUACUUAUACACGACCUUGUGCUGUGACUCUGCAUGACAACAUCUAUGUGAUUGUUAAGGAAGGCUGCUACUGCUUUAGUACCACAGACAACACAUGGAACGAGACAGCGGAUAUACUUGAACCACCAUCGCGUGCUCAGGCUGUCACAUAUCAGGGAUGUAUUUACUGCAUAGACUGUGACAAAGAAUGGAGAGAUUUUUCUGGCACUGUAGAGAAGUAUGACCCUGCAAAUGGUGUGUGGAAGCAGACUGGGAAUGGCAGGGUUUUUGAUUUCACUGGUGCGACCCUGAUGAAACUUGGAGGAAGUCUGUACCUGUUUACUGUACCGAAGUCGAACACGAUAUAUGUCCACCAGUACGAUCCAGAUACAGACUGUUGGAUGCUUGUAGAAGACAACAGCAGGCUGGUUCCCCCCUUUAAGUGGUUGGGUACUGGCUAUAGGGUAGAUUGCCUGAUGGCAAGGAUGAUCCCCAAAUGCCUCGGGGAUUGGAAGUUAGAUGAUGGGCCUUCAGCACAUAGUGUACCACUAAGGAUGUUUCCCUAUCUCAGUGAGGAUGACCUCUCAGACCAAGAGAGCGAUUAAAAGUUAAAGAUGCCCAUACAGCUGUGCAGAUGCUAAGGGGUGGCGCCCAUCUCCAUUUCAGUAGCCCUUGGGCCACACAUUUGUGCAAGCCACUACAGCAGGGGGCUAGUCUGCUGGUAGUGAUGUGGGUUUAACUCCCAUACUCUUUCCCAACUGAUUCUGAGUGCUAAUCAGACAAAGCAGCAUGUACCAGUUUUAAAGUCUUUGGUAUGACUUAGUCGGGGAUCUCAUAACCUACUGAAUGCAAGGUUAACACUCUACCCACUCGACCCUUGCACCGGUGUGAGAGAACAAUGUAAGAUAACAAUGAUGAAGACAAUUCUGUUCAAGAUGGGCAGAGUUGAAGUGAUGAAGGAGACACCUGGGAUGACUAGACAUCUAGAACACCGUGGAAGAUGUUUCUAAAACUGACAGAAUGAGAUCUUGAAACAGUGAUAAAGAGGAUUUGAAGACACUUUCUCAUUGCUAUAACCUAACAUAAGUUAAACAUGAGCUCAUACCUUUGCCAAAUGAUGUUAACAUUUUGUUUUAGAUCAACAAUCAUUUACACUGUGCUGCAUAUGCAUAUCUGGAUAACCAGGACAAUUUGAUGAUGAGGCAGGACAGCCGAUGCAAUUGAGGAAAGUCAAAGGUUCACCCACAUGGUACUUGAUUACACAGUAUAACUGACUGCCUAUCUAAAACGUGACAGAAGUUCCUCGCCUGUUCUUGUAAAUGAAUAUCUCAUUCUUUGCAGGUAAGAUAGGGCCUUAUAAGUUAAUGCACACUGUCUUUGGUUUGUAGGAUGGGGGUUAGUGUCACUUUAGGGCAUGAUAAUCACAUAGAUAAACCUGUUGUUCGUGAGCUCUGGUUGCUGUAGUAUACUGCAGUCCGCGGUCAGCCGUACGAUAUGUCUUUUGAACUGAGCUGACUAACGUUAUAUGUAAAUUCACCACCAGGUUUACUUCUUUAAUUGAAGCCUUACAAUUAGAAAAUUUGUAACAAGAAUUAAAGCCUAUUGAUUUAUUAAAGGAAACUAUU